CAUGUUUCGCGGUCGCCGUUAGAACUCCACCUUCCCAGCCAGACGCUAUUGAGCGAGUUCCACGCGACUUCUUCCGUUUUGACUUAAAUAUCAUCUCCUCACGACCUAGCUUUCAUCACCGAACUGUACUACCACAGAUAAAUCAUACAAAGCAGCAGCCAUGUCGUCAUACGCAGCAGCAGCAUCAAAGGGCCCAAGGCAAUCCCCAGAGGAGGCCCGCGCACCAGCACCCCCGGAGAUCGAGCACAGCGAGUCUGCAUCCACUGCCUCCCUCAUCGACGUCGACUCUGAAUCCGUGCACACUGUCCCCUCAGACUUCAAGGAGCACGAGGUGCAGACCAACUCGCAAGCCGAGCGCCUCGAGCGCGAAGCCGAGUCCCUAAAGGCGAAGGCUAUUGCUGAGGAGCAGAAGCUCAAGAAGCAGUUUGCGGAGAAGGAGCAGCAGGCCAAGGAGAAGGCCAAGAAGGCGGCGGCUAGAAUCGAGAAGAACUCUGAUAACCCUAUUUUCAUCGGCAACGCUGUCGCGGUUGCUGCCCUGAGCGCGGGACUUGGAUUUGGUGCAUACAGAAAGUAUAUUAAUGGAGAGUUGACCUGGAAGGUUGUUGGUGCUUGGACUGGACUUGUGGGGUUGUUCGCUGCUGGCGACUUCUACCUCAGCAAGUACCUCUUCAAGAACAAGUACCCCGAGCGCAAGUAGAAAGAUGGAAGGCGGUAAUGUCUCACUAAGGCGUCUACGAUAGGAGUCUGCCAGGGAGCGGAGAAUGAAAGGGUAUUCAUUUGUACUAUGCAACAUAUUUUUUUUGUCGAUAUCCCAGCUCUGGUGUCAUUCGGCUUUCGGAAGGUUGUUUUGACAAUACAUUUUUAUCUGCG